AUGGGUAAGGUUAUGGAAGAAACUUCGGCAGCCGAGUACUUGCUACGUCGAUAUUCUCCGGCCCGGGAGAAGGUCUGUCGAGGGUACUGGACUGAGAGAACGUGGGUAAAUGCUUCACAGCAUGGUGCGGCAGCGCUACUGCAGCCCAGCCGGUGGUCUGUGCACGCGAACAGCGACGCCAUCUGCCUGGAGGCGGCGCGCAACGCCACGCCGGACCCCGUGUGCGCCUCCAAUGGGCAGACCUUCCACAACUUCCUCGCCUACCGCUGCUACAUCCGCUUCUUCAAAGUGCGGGGCCUGAGCGUGCGGCGCGGCGCAUGCGCGGCUAACCCGGAGCCGGAGCACUGCGCGCUGGCGUUUGCCGUGUGGCGGCGCGUCUGCGGCAAGGACAACCGCACCUACUCCAGCGUCUGGGAGCUGCUCUGCCACGCCCAGACCACCGGCAUACCCAACAGCGUGCAGUACGAGGGUCCGUGCCGCGUGCGCUGCGCCGUCGGCCUCCACUUCGAGCCGGUGUGCGGUUCUGACGGCGCGACCUACCCCAACAUUGAGGCCCUCAAGUGCGCCGCCCUCAUGGACGGCAAUAUCACGAUGGCUGGGACCGGCGCAUGCGCAGACGAGGCGGGCGCCGUGGCGGCGGCGGAGUGUCGCGGCGGAGGUCCCGGCAGGGCGCAUGCGCAGCAGCCCGUCUGCGCCAACAACGGCGUCACCUACCCCAGCCUAGGCGCCCUGCUCUGUCUGCGACAACACAAUCCCAGUCUGCGGAUCGUGCACGACGGGGCGUGCCAGCUGACCGACAUCCGUAUGCCGAACAACGCGCGCACCGUCUGCUACCUGGCGGACAACCAGGCCAUCUACCUACCCGUCUGCGGCACCGACGGCGUAACCUACCCCAACCCCUUUGUUCUGCAGUGCGCCAAGGAGAGGGAGCUCAUCCCCUGGCUUGUGGAAAUGCUUCACGAGGGAGCGUGUGAGCGGCCCGUGGAGCGAGGCGAGGACCCGUGCGAGGCGGCGGACCGCCUGCCGGCGGUCAUCGACCGGCCGCUCUUCUGCGCCUCAGACGGGCGCACCUACUACAACGCCAAGGCGUACUCCUGCGCCGUACACCUGCGGGGCACCUGGUUCCCCUACAGCAUCACCAAGGUGGGCAUCCCGUGCGACUCCUCGGACCACCCGUGCGAGCGGCUGCGGCUGGUGCCCGAGGCGCUGCAGGCGGCGCCCGUCUGCGGCAGCGACGGACUCACCUACGGCAACCCUCUGGCGCUCAUGUGCGCCAUGACCACCGCCACCGACGACCUGACUGCUGUGCACAAAGGAGUCUGCCUGCCGUCGGAUGAUGAGGACGCCGGAGUGGAGGAGCCAGGAGAAGGAGAAGGCGAAGACGUAGAGGAGGGCAGCACCGGCAGCGGCAGUGGCGGAGGCGGCGACGAGCAGGAGGGGUCCGGCGCGCAGACACCGCCGGCUCCAGCGGCUGGCGACCCGGCGGACGAGGCCGCCGCCAGCUAG